UUAACAUGAAGUUUAUAAUUAUUUUAAUACUUUUGGUAAUAAAAAUCAAAUUUUCUUCAGAAGCCGAUUGUAGUGAAGCUAUUGAAGCAAUCAUUGAGGAAAUGAAGGAACAGAAAAUAAUUACCGAUAAAAUAGAGUUUGAAGGAGUCGAUUUGCAUCCUAUUAAAAUAACGAAAAUAUUUGUACUUGAUCUAACUUCAUUAGUAAGUGACGGAAGUUGCGAAUUUGAAUUCGACAAAAGUGACGAAUUUAUAGAUAUAAAUGCAAAAUUUAAAGCAACAAAUCUCACUAUUUUGGCAGAUUUUUCAAUCAGUAUUCUCUUCCAAAGAAUUUUAGGAGAUGCAAAAUUAACCGUUGAUCAAAUCAAUGCAGAAGCUACAUUAAAAGUUUCUUUCCCCGUAGAAAGUGUAGAAGUAAACAAAUUCGAGAUCACUAACUUUGUAGGAACAAAAGUUAAGGAACUAAACGGAUUUUCUUUGUCAAUUUUGGAUCCGUCUCUUUUAAAAACAUUGGGGAAUGUUGCAGUCACAAUAUUGAAGAAGGAUAUCGAACAAAGAUUCCUCGAUUUGUUAACUAACAAUGCGGAAAAAUUAACUGAGAUUAUUAGAGAUAAUAUAUAAACUCAAUCAUGGUGAUAUUGGAAUUUUUUAUCGACUUGCUGGCAAAUCAGAUUUUUUCAUUACAUUAGAUGUAGUUUAUAUAACAAUGUAAACAUAUAUUAGUUAUAGCAUCUAAUAUUAUUUUCAUUAUUCUACUUAGCAAACUAUUAAUAUAAUCGAAACUGUAUUAAAAAUAAUUAGCCCAUUUCUUUAUACGAAUUAAUAAAAAAAUGUUAUUAUUCCACUUAUAAUUUACAUAAUAUUUAAAUUUGAUAUAUCUUUUAUAAGAAUGGAUAAGAGUUUUAGUUAUUGAAACAACGUUUUUUCCUUUAUUUGAAAUUAUUAUUAUCGUUUUUUUCCUCUCUUUCAUGGGCACGAAGAUGGCCUUUUUUCUCCUAUCCGUCAUGGGUUAAUAAUUGAAAUUUUCGUAAAUUUACAUAAUUCAAUAUAUAUAU